UCCUGAAACUUGUUUGAACAUGACAGAAAUAGGCUUAUGGGACUCCACCCCUGUAACACAGUCCAUAGGUCACACACGUACACACGAGGCCAGGUUUUUCUAGGAAAGCUGGACUCUGCCUGAGAGCAGGUGACAUGUGCUCCAGAUCUCUUGAGAAGGGGACCCCAUGCCAGCCUGCCUCAUCUUUUGCUUUCUUCCUUUCUUUCCCCUAAUUACAGCUGUAGACUGUUAGCCAAAAAAGAUUUGCCAUUAAAACUCAGGUCUGAAGCCUGUAAGGUGAAGUUUGAGGGAUUUUAGAUGUAUCUGAAGUUACUUCUCAGCAAUAUCUCCUCUUUUCCUUUUCCUUUUCCUUUUUCAUUUCCAGAAGGCACUGGAAGGUGUUAUUAAAAUUGUAUGUCGGGAAACCUUUUUCUGUUCUCUGAAUCUUCUUUCCGUGGAAGAUUACAUAUAAUUGUUUUCUGAAAGCCAGACUUUGUUUUCUCUUAGAAACUGGUGAACCAAAGAGAGCAGGGCCUGGAGGAGAUGGAAGCAAGAGAGAUGGGAAGCAGGAUGGCUUUGCCUGGUGGACACAGAUACAGAAGGGGGAGUUCCCCUGGGACGACAAGGAUUUCUGCAGUCUGGCUGUUUUGGGGGCUGGUGUUGCCAUGGGAUUUUUCUACUUCUACUUUCGAGAUCCUGGAAAAGAAAUCACCUGGAAGCACUUUGUACAGUAUUACCUGGCCAGAGGUCUGGUGGAUCGGCUGGAAGUUGUGAACAAGCAGUUAGUGCGUGUUAUUCCUCCCCCUGGGACGUCUUCCAAGAAAUUCGUGUGGUUUAACAUUGGAAGCAUCGACACCUUUGAGCGCAACCUGGAGUCUGCUCAGCGGGAGCUGGGGAUUGAGCCCACCAGCCAGGCAGCCGUGGUCUACACAACUGAGAGGGACGGGUCUUUCUUGAGAAGUCUGGUGCCCACCCUUCUCCUGGUGGGCAUCGUUCUCUAUGCUGUGAGGAGGGGCCCGAUGGGGGCUGGGCGCAGCAGGCGAGGAGGGGGCCUUUUCGGUGUUGGUGAGACCACAGCCAAGAUCUUUAAGAACAACAUCGAUGUGCGAUUUGCAGACGUAGCUGGCUGUGAAGAAGCCAAAUUGGAAGUUAUGGAGUUUGUGAAUUUCCUGAAGAAUCCAAAGCAGUAUCAGGACUUAGGAGCCAAAAUUCCAAAG